UCAUCUGUUGCUGCUUCUUCUCUGCGUCCCUCCUCUCUCCCGCCAUUCUCUCUCUCCCUCUCGCCCCUCUCACCUAAUCAAACUUUCUCUCCCAUCAAUCUCUUGACCGCUCUCAUGCGUUUUCAUGAGUUUCAUAUUCAUCCUUCUCUGGAAAUUGGCUAUCUGUCGCUUUAGAUUAACUAAAUUAUAUCGUGAUGUCUAGAAAUUUAGAUUUUAGGAGGAAAACACCACCUGGGAUUUUGCUUAUAAGAAGCAUAAGAGGUAGAAAUUGGGGACUGAACACCUAUAGGUAUGUGAUUUUGUUGGUUACUUUCAUAGCAUAUACUUGUUACCAUGCGUCCAGAAAACCCAGUAGCAUAGUCAAGAGUGUUUUGGAUCCUGAACCCAAUAAGUCCUUAGGUGAGUAUCCAUGGCCAAUUGGGAACAUCUUUAUCAAAGAAGAAUUCGUGGGUGUGAACAAGGUUAGGCUGGAAAAUACGGGUUGGUAUCCAUUUAAUGGAGCAGAUGGGACAUCGAAAUUGGGUUUGAUUGAUGUUGCUUUUCUUUCUUGUUACUCUCUGGGUAUGUAUGUUGCUGGGCAUUUAGGUGAUACUUUGGAUUUGAGGCUGUUUCUGACUUUUGGGAUGAUUUGUAGUGGCAUUUUCGUGGGUUUGUUUGGGAUGGGAUACUUCUGGCAGAUUCAUGUUUUUGGUUUUUAUUUGAUUAUGCAAAUGUUUGCUGGGUUGUUUCAAGCCACCGGUUGGCCGUCUGUUGUGGCUGUGAUUGGUAAUUGGUUCGGAAAGAGGAAGAGGGGAUUAAUAAUGGGUGUCUGGAAUGCACAUACUUCUGUUGGGAACAUUAGUGGGUCUCUUCUUGCUGCUAGCGUUUUGGAUCAUGGCUGGGGAUGGUCUUUUAUUCUUCCGGGUGCUUUUAUUGUAGCGGGAGGGAUUUUAGUUUUUUUAUUCUUGGCUGCUUAUCCAGAAGAUGUUGGAUUUCCUUGCCCAAAUUGCCCUACAGAAAAGGUAGAGGCUGUGUAUAGUGAUACGGAGACUCAGGCACAGAAAGAAAGUAGAGUGCAAGAAGCAAAUAAUAAUGUGGUCCGAUCUGGAUCUGCAUUUAAGAAAAGUGUGGGGCUUAUUGAAGCUUGUUUAAUCCCAGGAGUGAUACCAUUUGCAUUGUGCUUGUUUUUUUCGAAGCUUGUGGCGUACACAUUUUUGUACUGGCUACCAUUUUACCUGAGCCAGACGGAAAUUGGUGGAGAGUAUGUAUCUGUGAAGUCUGCUGGAAACCUGUCUACUCUUUUUGAUGUUGGAGGCAUUGUUGGUGGAAUCCUUGCUGGUUACAUAUCUGAUAAGCUUAGAGCGCGGGCUAUUACGGCAACUAGUUUUAUGUAUGCUGCAAUUCCUUCCAUGUUCUUAUACCGUACAUAUGGUAGUGUCUCAAAGACUACGAACAUUGUGCUUAUGAUGAUUGCUGGUUUAUUUGUAAAUGGGCCAUAUGCACUUAUCACUACCGCAGUUUCUGCUGACCUGGGCACACACAGUUCUCUGAGAGGGGAUUCUCGAGCAUUGGCAACUGUGACAGCCAUUAUUGAUGGUACUGGGUCAAUUGGUGCAGCUCUUGGUCCUCUUUUCACUGGGUUCCUUUCAACACUGGGAUGGGAUACAGUUUUUAUUAUGCUGAUGGUUUGUGCUCUUAUUGCUGGCCUUCUUCUAUCACGUCAGGUCUUAGCAGAAGUUGCUGAGAAAACUACUAAACUGAGGCCUUCAUCUAGCGAAAGGCAAUGUCAUGAAGCCCCUGCUUCCCAGCCACUUUUAAGUGAUCAAAGGUGAAAAUGAGGCAAGGCCUGACGAAGCUUUAUAAAAAUGGGGCUAAUUAAGAUAUCUAAAAUAAUAGUUUGAAAUAUCGAACAGGAAAGAAUAUCCUCUGUAAAAAUUUUGACGGCUGUUGCCAUAGUUUGUAAUAUUCAUUUAGUCAAUCUUUUGUAUUAUAAAUAUACUGAAGAAAUCAUAUAUUCUGUGUUUAUCAAUUUUGAUUAAACAGGUUUCUGUUUUUGCUGAA